UGAAUUUAAUAUUGACGACAAUGUGUUUCCUAUUAUUAUUAUUAUUAUCAUCAGUGAUAAUACCUGUCCAUUCAUAUCUAUAUUACCCGAUCGACACCAACCAACCCGAUAACAAUGUUGUUGACAACAACUCACCCGCGGAUGGCGACGACUUGGCCGCCGAAGAGUCAUCCGUACAGUCGGGACUAUACGAUAGGGUAUUGCAUCGGUUUUACGAGCCCUACCUAAGGACUACCGCCGUCAGACAGGGAUCGCCGGCCGAUAGUAGCGAUGAUUUGGCCGGUGACCAGUCAUCAACCGUUUUGGUCGGCGGUCGACGGGAAAAACGUCAGGAAGCUCGCAAACCAAUGAUUGUCAAACGUCAGGCCAACGCCCGUCGGCCGAUACUUGUCCUGAAACGUGAAGCCUUGUUUCUACGGCGACCAAUGCUAUUCAAACGUCAGGCAAAUGUCAGGAAACCGAUACUAUUGUUGAGGGGCGACGGCAACGGCGAUGACUACGAAAGYAACGAAGUGGCCACUGGUGGCCAUAAUGACCGGGACAACAGGGAUCAGGGAUUGAAAGCAUUCAACUCAGGGCUAACUAACAGCCAACAACAACAACACCAUCCCUACCUGAUCUCUAGAUUGCAGAAAAUGUCAGUCAUAUCCUAAAAAUUAAUUUUUUUUUUUUUAAAAAACUAUUGGCAUUUUUUGUUGGCUUAAAUUUUGCUGUCAAUCACAAUCCUAUAUCUACUUUAUCACUACUACUGUCUCAACUAUACUAUACUAAAAAAAAACUAUAUACAGUUUUUCUCAAACAUUAUCUACCUGUGCUACCCUAUACCUAUAUAAAAGUAUGUAUGUAUUAGACAUCCUAAAAAUAAAACAAUAUCUAUCUAAAAAAAAUAAAUAAUUAAUUAAU